AUGAGCUAUUUCCUUGGUAUUGAAGUUGGCUACUUACCAGAUGGAGUGGUUCUCACACAGAAGAAGUUUACAAAAUCCCUAUUGUCUGACUGUGGUUUUGAUCUACACAAGUCAGUUGUCACCCCUCUUUCCAUCAACACAAAACUAUAUGCUGAUGAAGGUCUCCCUUAUGAUGCUCCUGAACAUUACAGAACAUUGGUUGGAAAGCUCAAUUUCCUUACCCACACUAGACCUGAUCUAUGUUUUGCAGUACAAUUGUUAAGUCAAUUCAUGCAUAUGCCCAGAAUUCCUCAUGUUACAGCUUUGCAACAUGUUCUCAGAUAUGUGGCACACACUGCAGGGCAAGGUAUCAUUCUCAAAGCUGCAGAUUCUCUCACCUUGCAAGCUUUUUCUGAUAGUGAUUGGGCAGCCUGUCCAAACACCAGGAAGUCUAUCACAGGAUAUGUUUUGUUACUUGGGAACUCACCUGUCUCCUGGAAAUCCAAGCAACAAGGAACUGUGUCUAAAAGCUCUUCUGAAGCAGAGUACAGAGCAAUGGCUGCAGCUGCCUCUGAGAUUACAUGGCUUGUUAGACUUCUUGAAGACAUUGGAGUCACCAAUCUCAAACCUGUCACUCUCCACUCUGACAACUGA